AUGGUCACGCGUAUACAGCCUCUGCCAGGGAAGUCCUACUCACUGCCUUCUCGUGGCGGGGGUGUUGUUCACGAAAUUGAGAGGACGAAAAGCGAAUUUCCGGCGCUUCAACCGGGUUGGUGGAUAUGGAGAGUCCAGCUAGGGGCGUUGGAAAACCCUGAUUCCAAACAAAUGGCGCACAAGGGCUCCAGGGUCCUGAGGGAACAAAUGGCGUACGAACCAACUGUUGGUCACCGGCUACCAUGGGACUGCAUGUCCUUACGAUGCUCCAAU